AAGAGGUCUGAACCAUUAAGAGCUAGUAUAUUGCUUAACUAUUCAGAGGCAAAUGUCUGAUCAAUUCAGAUAAGAGGUCUUAACCAUUCAGACUCUGUAUAAUACUUAACCAUUCAGAGGCAAAUCUCUUAACCAUUCAGACAUCUGAACCAUUAAGAGGCUGAAACAAACAGUCUGAACCAUUAAGUACUGAACCAUUCAGACAUCUGAACCAUUAAAAGGCUGAAACAAACAGCCCCUAAGUGAGUGAACUUUUAGGUUCAUUUAUUCUUGUUACUGUGCAUUAUAUAGUUUGGAUAUACUUUAUUCACCAUAGAUUGAGUAUUUGUACAUUAUAUAUGAGGAGAGGGAGACGCGUUCCAGCGGCGUCUCCCCGGCGUUUCGAAGAGCCGUCACUGUCGCAUUUCGCCGUCUCCCAGGUUUGUUGGUGUGUUGAGUAAGAGAUCUUUUUCUAAGUAGCCUCUUUAAUCUCCAAAUCUGGUUUUUCCCCUAGCAUAUAACAUACUACCUCCGUCCCACUCUCUUUGUCCACUUUUGACUUUUGGAACUGUUCAUCUAAGCACUUUGACUCAUCAAAUUCUCCCAAUGUAUAAACCUAAAUAUAGUCAUGUGUGAUCUUGUUUGAUUUGUCUUAACAUAUAGAUUAUUAAUAUAUAAUUUCUAUAAUUUUUUAAUAUACAAAUUACAAGAUAAAAUGGAUUAAAGAAGUGCAUUAGAUGGUGUGCCAAAAGGUAAGUGGACAAAGAGAGUGGGACGGAGGGAUUAUUAUUAUUUUUUCUAUGCCUCAACCGGCGUUCAGGAGACAUUUGGAGCAGUAUCCGAUGCAUUUGGCAUCUCCGAGAAUAAUAUGGAAGAUAUAGUGAUUCACCAUGCUCAUGCUGUUCGGACCUGGAAGAGGAUUAAUAAUGUGCUGGAGGUUCUUGGCAAUCUCCUCCUCUUUCUCCUUGCUCAAGAAAGAUGGGGGCGUUGGACUCCACCGAAAUUGGAAGAAGUGAUCCCUCGAGAACCGAUACAGCAGCUUGCCAUGGAAAGACCAGAUGUUGAAACUAUUCUCCAUUUCAUGAACACAUAUGUUGCGACAUAUCUUCCAGUAGGAUACCGUUCGAUGUCGGUAGCCGUGAAGUGUUCUGCCCUGUGCCAUGCUUCUGCCAUUCUUACUUCUGUGAGACUGCGACAUCCGACCAGCCACCGCCCUCCAGGCCGCCAGCAACGGGCAAUCUGCGUCAUCUUCUUUCUGUCGGCAGCACUUCAGGCAGUCACUCUCCGGACUCCGUCACUCCAAUCAACGACUCAACAGUAACUGCCGGGUAGAGGACCCCAUAACCUUAAAAUCCUGGAUCCGCCGUUGCUUGAAUCCCAUCAUAAAAUAUUGAAGCCAAAGCCAAUGCCAAAACCGAAGUGAAGAGAGCUGCAGCCAAAUCGAUUGUGUUCGAGGUCCGAGCUAGACGAUGACAAUAUCUUCAUUGACAAACUUUUAAUUGUGCAGAUGAAUUUGAUAGUGAAUCUCACUUCAGGACGAGUAAGUCCAUGUUCUUUUAAUAUAGGAUAGAUCUUAGU